UACGGUGCGUCAUUCGUUCAGUCCGGUCUGUCUAUCUCGUGCAGAAGUCGCUUCGUCUCUUCGCUGCGGCGGAGGAAACAAUGUGGACCAGCCUGGGCCAGUCCGGAAACGGGACUAGAGCCGGGCUAGCUGGACCGGCACGGCGAGGCUCUAAGACGGUAUGACGUCACCAGCACCAAGGACAGAGCGAGAGACGAGCCGCUGAGAGGGGCUGCUAGCCGGGCAGCUAACAGCGCGAUGACCGCGGAGGGAAGCGGAACGAUCCGCAGCCGCAUCAAGAACCUGCUGCGCUCCCCGUCCAUCAAACUGCGACGCAAGAGCGGCACCGCGCGGCACGAGCUGGGCGACAAGGUGACCUUGGAGAAGGUUCUGGGAAUCUCGGCUCCGGGGAACCGAGCACUGGCGUGCGACCCUCGGAGCGGCCUACUGGCUUAUCCUGCAGGGUGUGUCGUUGUGCUGCUGAAUCCUCGGAAGAACAAGCAGCAUCACAUCUUCAACAACUCCAGGAAGACGAUCACAACGUUAGCGUUUUCACCAGAUGGAAAGUAUGUCGUCACAGGAGAGAGCGGUCACAUGCCGGCGGUCAGGGUGUGGGACGUGUCCGAGCAUGUGCAGAUUGCUGAGCUGCAGGAACAUAAAUAUGGAGUCGCCUGCGUUUCAUUUUCUCCAAAUGGGAAAUUUAUUGUCAGCGUCGGAUUUCAACACGACAUGAUUGUGAACGUGUGGAACUGGAAGAAAAACGUCCUGGUUGCAGCCAAUAAGGUGUCGAGUAAGGUGACCGCCGUCUCCUUCUCUGAUGACAGCUCCUACUUUGUGACCGCCGGCAACCGACACGUCAAGUUUUGGUACCUGGACCACUCCAAGACCUCAAAGGCGAAUGCAACAGUCCCUCUCAUGGGGCGUUCAGGGUUGCUGGGAGAGCUCAGGAAUAACUUUUUCAGUGAUGUGGCGUGUGGGCGGGGUAGACAGGCCUCCUCCACCUUCUGCAUCACCUCCUCCGGUCUGCUCUGUGAGUUCAAUGACCGCCGCCUCCUUGACAAGUGGGUGGAGCUUCGGAGAGUUGACUCCGUCCCCGUGUCUCAGGCCACCUGUCUGUCUGUCACAGACGAGAUGAUUUUCUGUGGUUGUUCUGACGGAAUCGUUCGAGCAUUUAGCCCUGUUAAUCUACACUUUCUGUGCACUUUGCCCCGCCCACACAGUCUGGGAGUCGACAUCACCAGUAUGCUGGACGCCAGUCAGCUGUUCUCCUGCAGGUCGGAGGCUCGUUACCCGGACACCAUGGCGUUGACUUUUGACCCCAGCAGUCAUUGGUUGUCGUGUGUGUAUAACGAUCACAGCGUUUACGUUUGGGACGUCAGAGACCUCCGUGACCCUCGCAAGGCAGGAAAACUUUACUCCGCCCUCUAUCACUCGUCCUGCGUGUGGAGUCUGGAGGUGUACCCAGAGGGAGAAAGGGGAGGAGUUGAGGGAGGUCUCCCACCCGGGUCAUUCCUGUCCUGCUCCUCAGACAACACCAUCAGACUGUGGAACCUGGACGGCAACAACGUCCUGAACAGGAACAUCCUGAGCCACGACCUACAGAAGGUAAUUUACGUGGAAGACAACAUCAACUGCCUGCUGGACACAGAAAGCUCCUGCUCAAUCACCGGGGGCAACUCAGAAAAGGCGGGUCCUUCAGAGGGGCAGCAGGCUGACCUGAGCAGGAUGGGUAUCAGGACCUUGGGGGUCAGUCCUGAUGGACUACACCUGGCCUCUGGAGACCGCAUGGGAGUCCUCAGGAUCCAUGACUUGGACAGCAUGGAGGAGAUUCUAAACGUUCAGGCUCACGACUCAGAGAUCCUCUGCCUCGAGUUCUCCAGACCUGACACAGGUCUCCAGUUAUUAGCCACAGCCGGUCGGGAUCGUCUGAUACAUGUGUUGGAUGUGGGUAGGGACUACAGUCUGGUUCAGACUCUGGAUGAACACUCGUCCUCCAUCACGGCUGUCCGAUUCGCUGCCAAUCAGGGGAAAGUGAGGAUGAUCAGCUGUGGAGCUGAUAAGAGUGUCUACUUCCGCACGGCUCAGCAGGUGGAGGAGGGGUUAGAGUUCACUCGUACUCAUCACGUGGUGAGGAAGACCACUCUGUAUGACAUGGACGUGGAACCGACCAGGAAGUACGCAGCCGUUGGCUGUCAGGACCGCAGCAUCAGGAUCUUUAACAUCAGCAAUGGCAAACAGAGGAAGGUGUUUAAGGGCUCUCAGGGCGAGGACGGGACUCUUAUCAAGGUGCAAAUUGACCCGUCAGGACUCUACAUCGCCACCUCCUGUUCAGAUAAAAAUAUUAGCAUAUUCGACUUCUACUCUGGAGAGUGUGUGGCCACCAUGUUUGGACACUCAGAGAUUGUAACAGGUCUGAAGUUCAGCAGUGACUGCAGACACCUGAUCACUGUGUCAGGUGACAGUUGUAUCUUUGUGUGGCGUCUCCCUCCUGAGUUGACCAUCAGGAUGAGGCAGCGACUCUCUGACCUUCGACCUCCCAGCAGCAUUCAUAGCUCCCAGAAUGCACCUCAGCAGAGAUUGGUUAAGCUCAGAGGGGAGGUGCUGUCUCCUCAAGUCGUCACAAUGUUGUCUGACAGCGAUAAGGAGGAAGAGGAGGAGCUUAUCUGUCCUUAUUUGGUCACAGCAGGAAGCCUGGAAGAGCAGACAGGACGGUGUGAGGAGAAGUUUGAGUCUGUGGACGACAGCAGGACGGAGGUGUCGGGGGGGCGACUGCCUCGCCGUCGGUGGUCCAGGAGGACAGGUGGUGCAGAUGGAGCUCUGAUGGUGAAGUCCAUGUUGGACCUGCGUCUGCUGGACUCGUUCAGUCCGGACAAACAGGAGGAGCAGCAGGAGGGGAAGGCCUGCCCCUUCAAUGUAAGCACCCCCCCCUGCAGCGAAAGGAGGAGGGACCAAGGUGUAGAAAGAGGGAUUCAUCGGAUCAAUCCAAAACUGGGGAGCACCGUCAGUCUGCAGGUCUCCUCUGCCUGGGUGGAGGACAAUGAGGCAGGGACCAAUCAGAGACCUGACUUCAUCCAACUGUCCAAUCAGAGCCCAGACAGGGAGGAUCCAGUCCUGUACCCUGACCACUGGGAGGACAGAGUGAGCCUUGCAGGAAGUGAGUUUCAGGUGAAGGAGCCGUGUCCUAGUGCUGCAGGUGGACGACCUGAUAAGCCCAGUCCUGACAGCGGCUGCUCACUCGGAUUCAACUCAAGACUGUCAAGUCCAGCACGACCUGCAGAAGAAGGGGAGACAGACGCCGAGCACACUGAGCGUCUCAGUGUGGAUGGAAACUCCUCUGAGCUAGAGGACGACGAUGAAGAGGAGGAAGGAGGAAGAGGAGGAGGAGUCAAGUCCUCUCAGGCCAUCAAGUCUGUGCACAGAGAAAACCCAUGUAUAGGAAGUAGAGGAGGUGCUGCUGGAGCAGAUGAACUGGACCUAUUAACUAUGUUGACAGGAAGUCCGAGUCGAACUUGUCACAGCUCGAGUGAGAGUCUCAGCAUGUCGUCCAGGUUCCUCUCUCAGACCUCAGCUGGAAGGUCCGCACCUCCUCUUUCCUCUGGGACGACCGGGGCAGGAGGGGGAGUGGAAGGAGGGGGGGUGGUUAAAGCCCGUCCUCUGGUCUCUGAGGUCCGACCUCUGAUGGAGAAAAACCAGACCAGAACCCAGGACAGGAGGGUGUCAUGGCAACAGGACCAAACCCAGAAUCAGAGCCAUGACCAGACUGAUCCUCAUGCCCUGAACAAGAAGAGCCAAACAACCAUGGAAUCCAGUAGGAACCCGGGCACAGCUCAGACCACCUCCCCCCACAUAAACCCCACCACAUCCUACACAAACCCUGCCUCCUCUGGGCUCCGGAAGGCUCACUCAGUCCAGAGUCUGCUAGCUGACACAGGUGACUCUUCGACCUCUUGUUCUUCCAGAGAUGUCCCCCCUCAGCAGCUCCUCCCCCUCCAGCGUCCUACCACCCUCCCCUCCUCCCCUAGACGUCCCCCAUCCAUAGCCAUGCCCCUGCAGAGACCAUGCCCCGCCUCCCCAAGGUCCCCACUGCCUGAGACAGCCGUCAUCUCCUUGUCUGCUGGCUCCACUCCUAGGAAGUCCCCCCCUCCCUCUUCCACCUCCUCCCCCGCCCAGUCAGCAUCUCGCUCCUACAUGAGCCCGACGGCCAGCUCCAUGGCAAAGAUGUCUCGCUCCAUCUCGAUGGGCGACGGCCUCAACAUCUCUGACCCCUUAGAGGGUCAAGCAGUGACAUCAUCAACAACUACGCCCUGUCAGGUCAAAGAGGCUCCGCCCCCUCUUGUUGCAGUGGUGCCUUCAAAUGCAUCUCUAGCCACACCUCCACAUGCUACUGUCGUACCUGUAGUCCUAGCCUCCCCCUCCUCUUCCUCUCUGGGUAACCAUGGUAACCAGGCAAAUCUUCCCCCCACGGGGCCUGCAGGCACGUGUCCCCGGCAGCAACAGGCCACUCCGGAUAAGCCCUCCCUCGCCUCCUUGUCUUCCUCGCCGCGGCCUCCACCAUUCUCUGUCUCCCCUCUGACUCUGCCCAGACAGGAGGAGGAGCCUCAGACUCCUUCAGGCAGCGAGGAGAGAGAGCACACAGACGAGCGAAUCAGCAUCGAGUCCUGCAGAGUUCUGACCAAUGAGCUGCAGUGUUGCUUCAGGAAAGCGACACACCUGUACAGAAAGGUAAGCGGCUCCUCCUCUGAUGACUCCGCCCCUGACCAGCAUCAGAUUGCUUUUGUCCUAUCAGAGGCCUUCCAGGCGAUGAGGGCGGAGCUUGACUGCCUGCCGCUCAAGACACCAAGCAUGCUGGGAGGAGAGGGGGGGCUGGGAGGAGUUGGGGGGGUGAGGACGGCAGCUCUGCUGGAGGAGUACUCACUGCUCCUCCUGCAGGCUGUGAACAGGAGGGUCAACAGCCACACUGAGUAGACUCGUUCUCCUCCUCCUCCUCCUCAGAUGAAGGAUCUGAAGCCAUUUUGUUUUUCUCUUCACUUCUGUCGUCUUAUUGGAGAAUCUUUGUCUUCUUAAAGGAACAGCACAUUGAAAGAUUCCGUUUUUUAGAGACUAAACUUUAUAUCGACUUGUUUUUUAAAGACGUUUUUUCUGCACGUUUUUUUCCUAUUUUCAUUCCAGAACAAGUCGACAGAUUAUUAUUAUUAGACUGUAGAGACUGAGAAAACAGCAAUAUGAGAUGUUCGGCACAAACUUUGUUUCUUUAGUUGUGAAUGUUCUCUCCUGAGUUCACUUGAAUGUAACACAGACGAUGCGUUCAGGUGACAGUUUGUAUUUAUUAUGUUGAGCUGUUACAGACUGUGAAUGAUUAUGUUCAUUUUUUACAUGUUAGAGGAACACUGUAGAGGGUCUUUGGUUUAAUAGUUGUAAUGGAAAGGUCAAGUUCAGCUCCAAAUAUUUUUAUGUUUUCAGGUCAAGUUGAAUAAAUCUUCAGACUUGUUUUAA